UUUCUUGCAUUAACAAUGCUUCCUCGAUGUGUUGAUUUUUCAUUUCUUUGCUUGACCAAUUUUUUUCUGAGAUCUGAAAUGGCUUAUGCUGCUGUUCUUUCUCUUAAUGAAACUCUUCAUCAGAUCUUCUUUGGAGAUACAUUUUGUACUCUUUAUGAUAGUAGGAAACGAAAUACUCUAAUACAAAAGGUCAAUGAAAUCAAAAAUUUGCUGAUAAAAUUAUCCCAAAAUAGCAGCGAAGAAGUGAAGUUGUUGGAAAUAAAAAUCAGAGAUAUGGCUUAUCAUGCUGAAGAUGUCAUUGAAGUCUUGCAAAUAGGCUUGCAGAAAAGAUCUGAUUCUAGGAUGCAAGAGGAUUUAAUAACAGAAAUGGAUACUACUAUCAAGGACUUGCACGAAGUAAUAACAGAAAUGGAAACUAUCAUGGAAGAGAUGGAGAAGAUUAAAGGCGGGAGUGGCGAACAAAAUCUUCCUGUAAAUUGGAAUUAUUUUUCAUCAAGAUCAGCUCCUGGUGGCCGGACUAACAUGGUGGGAUUUGGUGAAGACUUGAUGCAGAUCAAGGAUCGACUCUGUAAUGUACAAAAAUCGACACGCCAAACCAUUCCAAUUGUUGGGAUGGGAGGCAUCGGUAAGACUACUCUGGCAAUGAAUGUUUAUAAUGAUCCAGUUAUCGCAGAUCACUUUUAUUUAUGUGCUUGGGUAACAAUUUCUCUACAAUAUCAUAUUACGGAAAUUCUUCUCGGCAUUCUAGAUGACAUUGGUGUUCUUACCAAUAAGAUACGCAAAGAGAGUGAUGAACAACUAAAAGAACGUGUAUACAAAAGUCUCAAGGGCCGGAGAUACCUGAUUGUAAUGGACGAUGUGUGGAGUACAAAUGCUUGGAAUGACAUACAAAUGUUAUUUCCCGAUGACAAUAACGGGAGUCGAAUCCUAUUGACGACCAGACUAACCCAUGUAGCGGAUUAUGCCAGUUCAACUAACCCUCCUCACCUGAUGCAUUUUCUAACUGAGGAAGAAAGUUGGAAUUUACUUUGUCAAAACGUCUUUAGAGAAGCAAAUUGCCCUCUUGAGUUGGUAGAUGUCGGAAGCAAUAUAGCAAAAAAUUGUCAAGGACUUCCAUUAUUAAUUGUGGUGGUUGCUGGACUCCUUGCAAAGAAAAAUAAGUCACUAGAUUACUGGAAGUAUCUUGCCGUGAAUUUAAGCUCAAUUAUAAUAGAAAAAAAGGAUCACUGCUCAGAGAUAUUAACUUUAAGUUACAAUAACUUGCCUCCUCUUUUGAAACCAUGUUUUCUUUACAUGGGAAUUUUCCCAGAAAACUAUGAGAUUCCUGUCUCUAGACUCAUCAAAUUAUGGGUGGCUGAGGGAUUUGCAAACCACCCAUUCGAAGCUGAGAGAUAUCUGAUGGAUCUUAUAGGCAGAAAUCUUAUUUUGGUAGGUCAAAAAGGAUCCAUUGAUGGAAAAAUUAAGACCUGCAGAAUGCAUGAUCUUCUGAAAGUUCUUUGCGUGAGAAUAGCUCAUGAGGAGAAUUUUCUUUACGUCAAGAGCAGGCAUCUGCGCUUCCUUCCACAAGAGAUAAGUUUCAAGCGCCGUCUGAGUAUUCAUGACGAUGCUUCAUAUAGUGGCAGUGAGGAGGAUGUCACAAUGCAAUCAAUGGAUCUUGUCCGUUCUUUUAUAUAUAAUGGUUGGGAUGAAACUCAGUUACAUUCUUAUUAUUAUUUUGGUUGUCGACUGCUAAGGGUAUUGGAUAUGGUUGGAGUAGAGCUUAGCGGGUUCCCGGAGGAAAUACUGCUCCUAGUUAACUUGAGAUAUGUUGCUAUCGCCUGUCAUGCCGUGAUUCCUGCUUCUAUUACCGUACUUUGGAAUCUAAUUACUUUAAUUGUUGAAGACUCAACGGGAAUUGCAAGUAUACUGCCCAUUGAGAUUUGGAAUAUGCCACGAUUGAGACAUCUCAAAUUCUCUCGAGUUUUCCUGCCUGCUCCUCUUCAUGCUAGUCCUUUCCUUCGUUUAAACUCACUGUCUGUUUUGGACAGUUUGGAUUAUGACAUUGGCCAAAUAACUCCAUUGUUAAAGAAAUUGGGAAUUCAUUAUAAUUCCCAGUCAUCUCACUCUCUCAACCAUCUUGCCUAUUUCCUAAACCUAGAAACGCUGAAGAUUCUCUUUGACUCGCCAGCAAAUUCUACAUUCAUUAACACUGCUUUGCCAUCAUGUCUCAAGAAGAUAACUUUGGAGCGUGGUAGAAUUGACUGGGAAUACAUGAGGAUUUUUGGUUCCUUGCCCAAUCUAGAAGUGCUAAAAUUGCGUGAGUAUGCCUUCCAGGGCAGAGAGUGGAUACCAAAUGAAGGGGAAUUUCUCCAACUGAAAUUCCUGUUAAUUUGGGAGACAGAUUUGGAGCACUGGAGAGCCAAAGAUACCCAUUUUCCACGUCUGGAACACCUUAUCCUCAGGAAUUGCUCAAAUUUGGUAGAGGUCCCAUCUGAUAUUGGUGAAAUACCAACACUUGAAACUAUUGAGAUAGAUUACUCCAGUCCUUCCGCUGUGGAUUCGGCAAAGAAAAUACUUGAAGAUCAACUAUACCAGGGAAACGAUGGCCUUAAAGUUUUUGUCCAUCCAACAAAAACACAAGUCUAUCCACUAAAAUUUGGGAUCCAGCAAGAUGAAUCAGGUCGCUUCUAUCGAAGAAAAACCAAACUUGAUGAGUUCAAGAUCCAGCAAGAUGAAUCAGGUCGCUCGGAUGGAAGAAAAACCAAACUCGAUGAGUUCAAGAUCCAGCAAGAUGAAUCAGGUUGCUUCUAUCGAGGAAAAACCAAACUCGAUGAGUUCAAGACUGAAGAAAAAUCUGGAAGCAGCUCCGAUGCUUAGGAAUUUUUUCUCCAGCUCUACCUUCGGAAAUGGAUUUAUUGAAUUCCGGAGCGCGUGAAGAUUGGGAGGCUAAUAUGAAGUCUAGAAGCAGCUCCAAUUCUUAGGAAAUUUUUCUCAUGGAUUGACUGAAUUCUGAAACGCAUGAACACUUGGAGGUAUCUGAGUAAUCAACUCUUCCUUCUUCCAACACCAUAUAUGCCUUCUUGAGUUUCAUCACUUGUACAAUUACAGUUUGUUUGUUAUUAUUGAGAUUGUGUUUUAAUUUUAAAGGAUUUUUAGUUUUGGAUUGUACUAUGUUAUCCCGAUUAUUCUGUGGAUAAUGCUACUUUGCCAUAAGCCUAGGUGGCGGGAAGUGAUUUGAUGGAAAAGACAACUGUUUUUAAAUAGUCCAAUGAUAGAGUGUCAUGUGGCACUAUAUCAACCAUUAUCUAUAGUAUUCUAGCACCGUAGCCUGGUGGUUGUUCUGUACAACAUUAUUGAUUUCACUCGUCUUCAAAGCAUUUUACCUUUGUAAAACGAUUAAUUCAGCAUUUGAUGUGUUGUGCUAAAGUUCCAAGUUUUGAGAA